AUGGCUGCCUACAACUGGCCAUGGGGCAUAAGGGGGUCGGGGGUGUUCUCAGUGUGCAUCCUGGCAUGUCUUCUGACUAUCUCACACGGCAUGAGCAGCAGCUGUGGAACUUCAAAGAAUGGAGGCCAAUACAGGACUAUUCCCUGUUUGGAUGCACAUGUAGAGAUGCGGUUCAGAACCACUCCUACAGCUGAAUACCUUUCUAGGGGAGGCAACAAAGCCCCCUUAGGGCGGUUCCCCUAUAUGGUCAGUCUCAGGCCAACCUCUGGGGGAUCUCACACUUGUGGAGGUGUCCUUGUCCAUCGCCGCCUUGUGCUGACAGCUGCACAUUGUGAGAAGGACAUUGGACGAAACCCCCUUGUCCAGAUCGGGGCCCUCAAUACCCAUGAUGAUGACAGAAAAGAUGGUGUGCAGGUCAUGAGAGCAGAGAAAUUGGUUCUUCACCCUCGAUGGAAUGGGGAAUUCCAAGAUGGGUUUGACAUGGCACUGUUGGUGCUUCCCGAAGCUGUUGGAAAUGUUGACCCAAUCAUAUUGCCAGACAGACGGUCCAUGACCAAACCACACACGCGGGUUUUUGCUCUUGGAUGGGGUUGGAAUUUCCAGCUGGGUGUUUCUACUGGGAAGUGGGAGCGGUCAUCAGACAGCUCUCUGAUGGGAAUUAAGAUGACCAUUGUACGUGGCGACCGCUGUCCUCUCAGGGGACAUCUGCGGCCACAUAUGUUGUGCGCAUAUGAUGCCAUCCAGUGCCCUUGCAAAGGUGAUUCAGGUGGCCCUCUAAUCGUACCAGAUGAACAAGAUGGGGUCAUAGAAAGUGGGCAGCCUGAUAAGGACCUGCUUUUGGGCAUCACAUCAAUUGGCUAUGGAGACUGCACUUUGGCCAACUGUGCCGCCUUGUUCACUGAUGUGGCAAAAUUCCGUACAUGGAUUGAUGAUACCAUUGUGGAGACAAGGGUGGAUGUUUCCAUGGUGUGUGCUUGA